UGGCCUUAGUAAGUCACUACAGCCAUGAAAUCAAACUUGAAUGCGAUGGAUGCACUGCAGUAUAGUGAAGCGAAAAAUCAUUAAGACGCAGGCGAUAUUUUUGUUUUGUGUGUACCAUUCUAGUCUGUUGGUUAUACUAGUAAUCUAUUUGGAGUUUAUCUGUUAGGAUGUCAGCAUCUGAAACUGCUGCGUCAUCUGGAGCCUGUGAAGCAUCUCGGUCCACAUCAGAUGCUGAGCUAAGGAUUGCUCUUCUAGGAAAGACAGGAUCAGGAAGGAGCUCCUCAGGCAACACCAUCCUGUGUAGGCCGGCCUUCAGUGUUGAUGUCUCCUCCUGUUCCGUCACCACACGUUGCAUGAAGGAGACUGGGACAGUAGACGGAAGGGGCAUCUCUGUGAUUGACACGCCGGGGUUCUUCCACACGCAUCUGUCCACUCAGGAGGUCAUUCGAGAAGUGGGACGGUGUGUGGUCCUGUCCUCUCAUGGCCCCCAUGUAUUCUUGGUGACCCUUCAACCUGGCAGGUUCACCCAAGAAGAAAGAGAUGUCCUGGAGUGGAUCAAGGCGACAUUUGGACCUGGAGUCACAAGGUUUACUUUGGUGCUAUUCACGUGGGGAGACCAGUUGCAUGGAAAAUGUGUUGAAGACUUUCUGGAGCAGAAUGAUGAGCUGUCUGCGUUUGUCAGCAGCUGCCAUGGAGGCUUUCACGUGUUUGACAACAGCGAGCAGAAUACGACCUCGUGUUCACAACAAGUGGAGCAACUCCUGAGAAAGAUUGACAAGCUUGUGGACGGCAACGAAGGAUGUUGCUAUACCAACGACAUGUUCAAGGAGGCCGAGAAUGCCAUCCGAGACACCCGGGAGAAGAUGCUGCAACAAAGACGACAAAGGUGGAUGAAUAUUGAGGAUGACCCAACAGAGGAGCAAGAGCCGGAGGUAGAAAAGAGGAGGAGGAAGGAGGAUGAGGAGGUCAGGCGGAGAGCAGAGAGGCUCUUCUGGUGCGAGCUGUUGACUGCGAUUGGAACGGGUGCAGCAGAAGGGGCCGGGAUUGUCCAGACAGACGGGGACAAAGGCAAAGCUCUCAAGAAGGUCAAGGUGGUGGAGAAGGCGGCGGCGGCUCUGGUCACCUCGCCGUUCUCCAUUAGUUCAGCUGCAAAAGUGGUGGGAGGUGCUGUGAGAGAAGGAAGUAAGGUGCUCUACAAGCAUCGCAAAACGUUUCUACGCUGAAGAAUUCCAGAUCAGGCUCGGGAACUAAAACACAUCAAGGUCAUGAAAGAAAUGAUUACGUAAUAUCAAAACAUCACGAGGCAACUGGAGUGUUGACAGAUCACAACAAAGGCCAUGUUAAUAAAUGAUGUGCAAUUUAAUUUAGGGAGAAAAACAUUUAAAGUGACACGGAAAAAAUGGCUAAAAUGAUAACUUGCAUUGGAUUGAAUUUCCAUUUAUAUUAUGUGUUUCAUUUUUGGCUUCAUGCA